CGGUCUCACUUGCGAAUCGUUUUGCGUUUUAAGCAGCGGAAAAUUAAAUUACAAUAAAGCAAAAAAAAUCAAGAUGAAGCGAAAUCGUCGUCCAUCCGCGGCCAACAGCAAGCCAUUUGUCUCGGGCGGCAUUUACAAUCCCAAUGCCACCGCCAAGCCUUUGAUCCAACAGCCGUUGCAGAUCGUCAAUGUCCAGGAGCAGCAGGCUCCUUCGGUGGCUGAAUUUCAGGCACCGGCUGCCCCGGUGGCUGUUCAGCCGCCACAGGCCCCAUUAGUGGCUGUUCAGCCGCCACCGGCUCCUGUCCCCGUUCAAGUGGCGACCCCGGCCGUCCAGCAGAGGAAUCCGGAUGCGGUCGCCAUCGUCCACAAGCUGCCCUUGCCAAUCAUCGUCAAGGAGGAGCCGAUCUCUGUAGACGAGGCAGAGCCCAUCGACAUCGUAGAGGACAAUAUCAAUGCCAGCGGCACCGGGGGCAAGAUCCCAUUUAAAAAGAUCUUCCAAAAGCGCAAGAAGUCGUCUGAACGCACGCGGGACAAGAAGCUGCGACAGAACCGCCAACUGCGCAAGUCCAUGCUGCCCAAGAACGCUUUGAUGGCCCUUAACGAGGUGAAGGGCGUGACCAUCAGCGAUUUCACCAUCGACAGCAAUCCCGACGGCGGAUUCACUGCCGUUGUCACUGUGAACUCCAAUCAGUACGAGGGCAAGGGUCUCUCAAAGAUGACAGCCAAGAACGCGGCCUGCGAGAAGGCUUGGCGUGACUUCAUAAUUGCAAAGAUGACCCCCAAGCCGCCCCGUGUUCAGCACAGUGAAGUCGAUGGGGAGCCAAUGAAUACGAACGAGGAUGAGGCCGAUGCACCGGAGGAUGAUCUGCCCAUGUUGAAUCUGGCCUCGUUUGCCAUCUACAAGCUGUUCGCAGAGUGGGAGCGCGAAGGCUAUGUCGUGCCCGAGAUGCACCCUUCGGCCAAUGCUGCUCAACAGGCCGGAGGGGAUGCCGGAACUCCAGUUCCCGCCUCGCCGAAGGAGCCAAAGAAGCCGCCAGUGCGCACCGAGCUGCCCUCUGGCUGGGAGACCAUGCACCCGGCCACCAUUCUCUGCAUUAUGCGUCCGGGACUCAACUACGUGGACUACGGGUCAUCUGGCGACAAGCCCAACGUCAUGCAGCAUCUGGGAAUCACGGUGGACAACCAGGAGUUCCAAGCCAACGGAAGAUCCAAGAAGAUCGCCCGUCGCAACGUGGCCGUGGAAGUGUGCAACUCUCUGUUCGGCACUAACUUCACCUACAGCGACACAGCUUAAGACACCAACUGCAGUACACACACACACACACACACACCUAUGCCUCUCUUAACGGCCAGCAAUCCGAAGAUUGUGACCCUGACGUCAAAUGCGCAACUUUGUUAAGAAUUCCUUCUCUGUGAAGAUGAAGAGGCAUAUUAAACAAUAGGUAUUUUCCAUUUUAGUUUGCAUUUGGGUCAGAUCUUACAUGCCAAUUCCUUAGGCAUUAGCUUAAGUAUAUGCAGUGGGUCACAGCAUUUUUCAACCAGUGGUAAAAUAAAACUAAGAGUCUAUGAAAGAUGAACUAAAAUUAUCCAAACAUUUUUAACACAAAUUUAACUUUGUAAAUGUUGAACAUUUGUGACCCACUGCAGAAUUGGAACACUUUUUGGUGGCAGAUUGGAUAUCAAAUAUUAAUUAUGCUUCCCAGUUAAUUAAUUUUCUUUUCCGUUAACUAGAUUAAGAAAAAUAAUUAUUAAGCUUAUGUUAGUCGUGGGCAUAAUUACUUGAUUUUUAAAUGGACCGCCGUUGAGUGAUGGUCCACAUACAAUAAUGAAUGAACAUCAAUAAAAGUAUUGAAUAUAAAAAUGUA